AUGACCAAUAAACAGGCCAGAAACAUGUCGGAAAUAGGCCAGACUUGCAGGAGAUGCAAAAAUGAAGAGGCUGUGUUGAUUUCAAGGAAGGAGCCCUUUUGCGGAGCUUGUUUUGUACACUUUAUAAGGGGAAAGCAGCGGAAGUCUAUGAUGAGUGACGAUUUCAAAGUGAAAUAUGGGGCGAAAGAGAAAGAAAUAACCAAAGUUUUGCUUUCAUUAUCAUGUGGAUCAUCUUCCUUAGUUUUGCUCGAUAGUGUUGUGUCUAUGCUGAAGGAACAAGCCAUACAGCACAGAAGUCGCCAGGGUUUCGAACUAGUGGUGGCCAUCAUAGACACGCCGUCUCAGCAGACUCUCAAACCAAAAGAGUUCAUACAAAAAUUCAAAGAGUCAGUGGAGACCAGCAAUUUGAGUGUGAAGUUCAAGAUAUUCGAAAUGAAUUCCAUGAACAUCAGCAAAGAUGAAAUACAAACGUUAAAGAUUGAUACGGCAUUCCAGCUGGAUGUUCUGCCUUCAGAGAUAGAGGGUGACAGCAUGACUCUGACAGAGUUGCUUGACCAAUUUUCCUCAAAAUCCACCAAACAAGACUUUGCAAGUGCCAUAACAAGGAAACUCUGCUUUGGGAUGGCUAAGUCUCUCGAUUGCGGCUUUGUGCUAUUAGGCCAUUCCAUGACCAGACUGGCCGUGGAGGUGCUCUCUCUGACUGUAAGAGGGCGGGGCUCAGAAAUUGGAGAUGCUUUGCAUGAUGGCGAGGUCUCUUCUGAAUCCGGUUUAAGGGUUAUUUAUCCUUUACGCGAUGUCCUUUUGUCCGAAAUUGAACAGUACAUCCGGGUGCAGAAUCUAACCCAUCUGGUUCCAUUGGAAAGCCCCGAGUACCCGAAAAGACUACUUCGUAACUCCAGCAUCGACGAGAUGAUCUGGGAUUAUUUCAAAGAUGUUGGAACUAAUUAUGCUGAAGUUGUUUCGACAGUGGUAAAAAUCGGGGACAAGUUGACGAGCGUCGAAGUCGGAAACCCGUGCAAGAUAUGCGGUGAGUUAGUGGCAGAUGAUCCCUCGCAUUGGCUACGCAAAAUCACCGUGAAUGAGCCUUUUUGUGAUGAAACAGUCUCAGUCCAAUCACCAGAUUCUUCUCGCUCAAAACCCUCGUCUGACGAAGUUCACCAGACCAUAUGCUACGCUUGUAUUGUGAACAUGGUUAUCGAACCUGCAGAUCAAGCACAAUGGCCCAGAAAAACGUCCUUCGAGUCUGAUGUUUUGGAAGAGUACAUAAUUGAUGAUGAUGACUAG